UCUUGGCGCCAAGGAUUCUCUCCUUACAAAAAAGAAUGGUCAAGGGGUAGCGCGGGCGCGGGAACACAAGGCACAAGGCAGAUCAACUAUUAUGUCUCAUCCCAUCGAAACCUUAGGGUUUCGUCUUCCUCAGUUCUCCGAGGAUUUAGCUUGGCUUCCUGGUUGGCUUCAGCAGCAUCAGAAAGAACAAUGGGAGGAGUGCAUGAACGAGCUUAAGAGUACAAACUUAGAGCUAGGCUCCAAGGAUUUGAAAUUUUUUCAAGGAAACACUAAUGAAGGGAAAGAUGCUACUACAUUGUCGCGUGAGGAAGGCAGAUGCAACCGUUAUCAUUUAUUCUUAUCUGGGGAAGACAAUUCUGCAGCUGGUUUUGCGUCAUCUCCUGGAAAUGUGCUUCAUUUCCAUCUUCAUCUUUCUUCAAAUGGAUCUUCACAAUGUAGCCCAACUCAACCUUUGGAUACUUCUCUAGAACAUCUUGAAUUCAAUAAAGUUGUGCCUGCACAACUAAAUGACACCUCAGUGGGUUCCAAAGUGAAGAACUGUUCGGAAAUCCACCUGAAUGUUGGUGGGAUAAAUUCUCUACCUCUAAAGUCCAUUCAAAAACCAGUAGAAGAUAUUGUUCCACAAGGUCCCUCCAAUACAAAGAUAUCAGCAAGCCAUUUUGGGGAAAAACUUAAUGCCAAGUAUCUCAAAGCAGCUGACAUCACUGAUGCAGUUGAACUCUCCAUUGCAGCAUCUGAAGCAUUGGUUAUACAUGAAACUGUAAUGAGUGGGCUGGCUUCAGAAGUAUUGCCAACUGCAGUGGUACUGGAAACUGCCCUUUGGGUAAAGAAAGCACGGUUGGAGUGGCUAGAAGAUUCCUUAGAUAGCCCAGCUGAGGAAACUGACAAGAGUGAUUCUCUUUCAGACUUGGAUGAUUUCACGAUGGCUGAUGUGUAUGCAGAUGUAGGACUAUCUCCGAGUAUUCCUUCUGAUGAGUGUGCUCUUGAUUCAGCUAUUUCUCAAGUCAAGGAGACUCCUGUUUCUGAAAAUCAGUACGAGUGUGUAAAUCUAUCUGAUUCUUUGGACCUCAAGGCUCAACAUGUCAAGUUUGAUGAUAUCUCUGUGCAAAGAGAACUAGUAGAGAAUCUGGUUACAGAUAUCAGAUCAAGAGAGGAUUUGCAUCCAGCAUCUGUCAAUUGUGAGAAAGAAGAGUUUUGUGACAAGCCUGUUCUGGGUUCGAAUGUCUGCAGUGUGGCCAGAUAUGAUCCUUCAGCUCUGAAAACUUCAGAUGGAAUCAUUGUGAAACAGACAGUUGCCGCUAUGGUGGAUAUAGCUUCAAAUCAGCCUCAAAACAAAGUAAACUUUCGUCCAGAUGCUUGGAAUUCAGGGAAUGCUAAGGGAGAAGAUCAGAUACCUUAUUUAGCUUCAGACAAAUUCAGGAGCCGAUGGUUAGGUGGUUGGACAGGCCAAGAAAUUUCUGCUUCUCCACAGUUGAAACAAAAUAGUAAAAGUAUCCUGAAGUGUUUUGCUGGUGAGACAAGCUUUCUCUCAGAAUCUGCAGAUAUUGCUCCAGACGUGAACUCUUUCGUGCAAGUGCAUGAAAUUGAGUCAUAUAGAACAUCAGAGUCGAGCAUAGCCUGUGCUGGUUUACAUGACGAAGUUAAUAAGGAGAUAUUUGUUUCUCAAGAUUUGGUGAAGUCGUCUAGCCUAUCUUUAGUUGAUCCUCUUUGUUCCGUUGUGCCAUGCAGUAUUUCUUCAGAAAAUACCAGUCAUACAAUAGUUCAGAAUCAGACGGAUAAGGAAAAUGAUACUGAAGAAUGCUUUAGACCCACACCAAAACAUGGGGUGGAUAAUUCACAUAAAUCCUCAAAUCUAAUUAUUGAACUCCACCAUGAGGAUGUGCAAGCUAUGCCCACAAUUAGCGGGGAAUGUUCUCCAGUCAAAGUUCGAAGGCAGUUGAUUUCACUCAGGACAUAUAGUACGCUUCUCCCAAACAAUGUUUCCAUUUUGGAUUGGAGAAGCCAUUAUCAAAAUCAGUCACUUGAACUAGAAUGUGAUCAGAGGCUGGUUCCCCUAAAUAAGAAUGUGGGAUGCAUUAGAUCUUUUGAUAAAAGGAGUUAUAAAGAGCCCCUUCCUUGUCAUCCUGUAUCCUGGGAUACUGCUGGAAGAGGUAAUGAGGAAAAGGGUGAAACUACCCUAAAUAAGAAUCCAGUUGCAACAACGAAAAAUCAGAAGAGGAAUUAUCAUGAGACUGCAGGGUAUGGGUUUCCAGUGCAGGCCUCGAAAAAGAGGAGGCAGCCUGUUAUUUUUAAUCAUAGAGCACAUCUCGGUCUUCAGGCUCCCAAACCUUUUAUGAACAGUUCCACUUGGGAGAAACAAACCAAAUUUUCUUUGGUGCCAGAAAAUGUUGCUAAGCUUCAACAAAACAAAGAACUGCAAAAUAUACAUUUUGAAUGCAAGAAUUCCCAUGACAGAGAUGUUUCAUUGAAAAAGAGGGUUCGUUUCUCUGAAGCAGAGAUUCCAGUUCAGCAGAACAAGAACCUCCAAAAGCUAGAUUCUUCAACGAAAAAUUGCUCAACUGCUCAAGCAAGUAAAAGGUGGAAGAAUUCUACUUUUCAAAGUCAUGAGAAAAGUUAUCUUACAAAUUGUCACCGUAAGUUUGGGAAGAGAUUGCUAUUUCAAGGCAUAGAAUUCCUUCUUACAGGAUUUUCUAGUCAGAAGGAAAAGGACAUUGAACAAAAAAUAUGGAAACAUGGUGGUAUUGUUCUUUCUGAUAUUCCUUCUCCAAAUUCAAGGGGAGAGGGAAGCUCAAGAUAUAAUGGCUAUCAGCUUCCUAUUAUUCUAUGUUCAAAAAAGCUACAGACCACCAAGUUUUUGUAUGGGUGUGCAGUGAACGCCUUCAUAUUAAAAGUUGAUUGGCUUGCUAAUUCAAUUGCAUCGGGUUGUAUCGUACUACCUGAGAAAUACAUGAUUCUACUGAAUCGAGUUGAUGCGGAGCAUAUUAUGAUCGGGAAGCCAUUUCAUCACAACCGUAAUUAUGUCUUUGAGAGAGUAGGAAUCAUGCUUUAUGGGAAGCACAGUUUCUACAGCAAAUUGGCAAAAAUAAUUAAGCAUGGAGGCGGGCGGGUCUUUAAAACCCUCCAGUGGUUAAUCCACAGUUUGGACAAAGAGAAGGUUUCUUUAGGAGCCAUUAUUACUGAGGAUGAAAUUAGGACAUCACGUCACUUGAGGCAAUGCGCCUCUGAGCAAAAGAUACCAGUGAUGCCAGCUAGCUGGAUCGUAAAAAGCUUGCAUUCAGGAAAGCUCCUUCCAUUUCCUGAUAAAGGUACUUCCUCUCUUCCUGCAAUUAAGAUUCCAUAGAUCCCAGUUUCCAUAAAAAUGAGUGAAGAUGUAUAAAAUUAUCGUUUCUUUAGCAGCAUAAGUAGUGGAUUUGUUGUAUGCGUAUGUAAUAUUGUAGGAUACAAAAUAAUGUAGUUUUGUAAUUUAUAAUUCCAAUUUCAAAUUUUUAAGAGCUUGGUUGUGUCAAGUAUAAAUUAUGCUACAUCCAUAUAAGUUUCCUUGUA